GCCACAUGCGGGAAGUAAACACCUCUGCUCUGGAGUCUUUCUCGAGUUGUUAAAUAAUUUGGCAAAACUUCACGAUGGCGGAUGUAUCAAGCUUAACAACAGCAGGCACUGCUUCUAUGGAUUGUGAUGGCAACUCUGACAACUUCGAAAAAGUAGUAUCAAAAAAGACCCAAAAACGCAAAAGGCCGCAGGAAGAAAUGGACAUGGAAGGCGAUGACACGACGGCACGCAAAAGGCCACAGUUUCCACCCAUAUCGGGUGAUAAACUUAUGGGAGGCACAGAUGAAAUGCGGAAGAUUCCAGUACCCUCUCACCGGUAUACUCCUUUGAAAGAGAACUGGAUGAAAAUUUUUACUCCUGUCGUUGAAAAUUUACAACUUCAAAUCAGAUUUAACCUCAAAACAAGAAAUGUGGAGAUAAAAACAUGCAAAGAAACACAGGACAUUGGUGCCCUCACAAAAGCUGCAGAUUUUGUAAAGGCAUUCAUUUUAGGCUUUCAAGUUGAGGAUGCACUCGCACUCAUCAGAUUAGAUGAACUUUUUUUGGAAACCUUUGAUGUCACAGAUGUGAAACCACUGAAAGGAGACCAUCUCUCCCGAGCCAUUGGUAGAAUAGCAGGAAAAGGAGGCAAAACUAAAUUCACCAUUGAGAAUGUGACAAAAACCAGAAUUGUUCUUGCAGACACGAAGGUUCAUAUAUUGGGAUCUUUCCAGAACAUAAAAAUGGCACGGACAGCAAUAUGUAACCUCAUUUUAGGGAGCCCACCAUCAAAAGUCUAUGGAAACAUCCGAGCAGUGGCCAGCCGUGCUGCGGAGAGAUUCUAGUGUGGGGGGGCUUGGCCGUGGGUGUGGUCUCUCCCUCGGUCCCUCCACAUCCCACAGACUGGCCUAGAAAUGUGGCAGAUAUAAGGAUACAAAGGACUGAAGCAGCUACAGAACAUUCUCAUACUGCAGCCCUAGGUGUCAGAUCAUCAUCAACACCCCUCUUCUGUAUACAUUAUUCAAAACGUUGUAACAUUAUAUGUAAUGUAUUUACAUUAUAUACGACAGUUUGUAUGCACACAAACUGUAAUGACUCCUCUUUUGUUGUUUUCAACAAAGCACCAUGAAUUAAAAAAAAAAGUAUUACCCAUUAUUGAAAAUUGUACUUUGA